CGUGGUUGUAGCAUCACAUGUAAUUUAUAUACUGAGCGAUGACAGAAGAUCUGGGUACCAAAGAAGGGAGACGGGACCCGAUGAUGGAAUGCAUCGGUGAAUUCGGUCGAUGGCAGCUCCUGAUGACCUUCUUGCUAUCAUUGGUAAACUUGCCGUGCACCUUCCACUUAUACGCACCUACUUUCCUGGCGGCAGAACCUGAAGCAAGUUGUUCCAAGCCACGAGGUAGUCUUCUUAGUGAGGAGCAAUGGCUGAACCUUAGCCAAGUAUAUUCUUCCGAUGGCAUGAGGGACAUCUGCAGGAUAAAUAACUUUGACUACACCCUACCGUUCAGUGAACUCAGUCAGAUGCAGGCCAAUGAUACGAUCCCUUGUGAGUCGUGGGACUUUGAAUAUUCUCAAUUCGGCACUACCAUCAUAACUGAGUGGAACCUGGUUUGCGACAGAUCCUACUUGCGCCAAUUAGCUGAGCUGUUGUUCCUGGCUGGAGUUGCUGUUGGUGGCUUCGUCAGUGGUCUCAUUUCGGACAGAUUUGGCAGGAAGCAAACAUUGAUGGUCUCAUUGUUGGCUCAGAUUUUGAUAGGGAUGUCCAUUGCUUAUGCCCCCUGGUUGUCUCUCUACCUCGCAUUGCGAACUCUUCUAGGAUUCUUCUGUGUCAGUGUCGUUUUCUCUGGAUUUGUUUUAUGUAUGGAGCUGGUUGGUGGGAAAUGGCUUACCAUUUCAGGAGUUUCUUAUGGAUUACCAGUUCCUGUGGCCUACAUAGUUAUUUCAGGGCUUGCUUACGUAAUUAGGGAUUGGAGGCAACUACAAUUGGCUAUCACCUUGCCUUCCUUGGCAUUCCUACCUCUAUGGUGGGUGUUUCCGGAAUCUCCAAGGUGGUUAUUGGCUAUGCACGAAAAUGAACAAGCGAUUGCCAUCUUAAAGAAAGUAGCUAAUUUUAAUGGAAAAAAGUUACCAGAUAAUUUUGAUAAAAUAAUCAAUGAGGACAUAGCUGCAACUGGUGAGGAGCCUCCAAAAGUGAGCAUCAUGGAUUUGUUUCGAACAAGCUAUAUGAGACGAUUAACGUCCCUCUUGUACGUGGCCUGUUUCUGCGCUGUUAUAAUUUAUUUUGGACUUGUCCUAAAUUUGGCCAAUCUUGGAGGUGAUAUCUAUGUGAACUCUGUCAUAUCUGGUUUAGUAGAGUUUCCUGCAGCUUUAAUCUGUAUCAUCAUCCUCUUAAAAAUGGGAAGAAGAUGGCCAACGUUUUUAACUGCAUUUAUUGCUGGAUUUGCUUGCGUUGCUACUAUUAUCACCCAAAAAGGAAGCUGGUUGUAUAUGACCUUGGUAAUGAUAGGCAGGCUCAGUAUCAGUGCUACCAACAUGAUUUUGAAAGUAUUUAGUGCUGAGUUGUUUCCAACUGCAAUGAGGAAUCUUGGUGUUGGUUCUACAACCAUACCUUCCGGCAUCUCCCUGCUGCUGGUUCCAUAUUUGUGGGUACUGGCUGGAGUUUAUGAAAACAUGCCUCUUGUUGUUCUUGGUUUUCUUGGUAUAAUUGGAGGAGGAGCAGUAUUAUUCCUUCCAGAACCUUCUGGUUUAGCUGAUGAUAUGAUUCAAAGAUAAUCUUUUAAGAGAUCUUAUAAAAGAAAUGAAUUUUCAAUAUAUGCCUGGACUUAAUUAAGUAAUUAAUUAAAUUUAAGAAGCAUUCUAUAAACAUCGAGAAAAUCAGCUGCCUUAAUGGCAUAAAAAUGACACUGCUCUUGAAAAAUAGAAAGUUAGCAAUUUUAAAAUUAAUUGUAUCAAGUACAUGUACUAAUUAAUGAAUUAAUCAAUAGACAAACUUGAGAAUUUACUUAAUGAUAUACAUUGUGAUAUUAGCCCUAAUAAUUUUGAUAUGAGUAAAAUUUUAUUUAGUUUAAGCUAUUUUAACUUUCCAAAAAAUUAAUUUAUUUUGUUGAAAAAUCAUCAUUUAAUCAUAGCUCACCACAAGAACAUGAUAGUUAGUAAAUAAGAACAGCUGAUGGGAAGAGAAGAAAGAAGAUAAAGAAAUUCUUUCUCCUCUACACAUUCAAUUUACUUGAUGAACAACUGAACUUUAAAUGAAUAAUAGGACAACUCAAAAAUCAUAUUCCUCGUAAUUUCUCAAUUUAAAUGGUUUUAAAUACGAAUAGCUGUUUUCUAUUACUUAAAAUGUUUUUAUACUGCAAAUAAAAUCCAAAAACAUAAGAUAAAUUUACCAGCAAUAAGGCUAUAUGUUUAUUUUUAUUUCACCAUAAAUGUGAAAAUUUAUUGGAAAGAAUUUGAAUGACAACAAGAAUUGAUUAAUAUAUCAAAAUUCAUAAAUUUCUUUUUGAAAAAUUUACUUAAGGUAAAUUAGAGGUUGGUUUAUUUUAUAUACUGCCUAUUGAAGAUACCACUUUUACUAAUAUCAGAGUAACAUUUCUCUAGAUUAGGAGCAAUAGGAUCCUGUGAUUGAGGUGAUCACCAAGAUCACCAAAUUGAGGUGAGAUCAGAUUUGAUCUUAUUUAGUGUGUAAUGAGAGAGAAUAAACUUGCCAAAUAUUCUUUCAUACUAAUAAUUCAUCUCAUGAAUAGUUAGGGAUGGGGUGGCCGAAUGGGCUAACGAGUGUGCACAGCAUCGCCAUUGUCCAGCAACCUGACAAUUCAUAACUGGCUAAAAAUAGUCACGAGUCUGGUGCCAGGGUAUUCUUUUAAAUCCCUGUUAUGUUGCACUCUAACUGUAAUAAUAUUUUUCAAUAAACGAUUUUUUAAAGAUUUAAAAUUAGCCCUCUUGCCUUAAUCCAUGAUUCUAUCCUUUUCCACAGAUGGUACAACUCUGAAUAUUUUAACAAUAAUGAGAGGGAGAAAAACAAUAAGAAAAAAAAUAAACUCGUAAAAGGUAUGAAGUUUAUAAUACGUAAACUUUUUUUUUUGCUCUUGAUAAAUUUAAUAUAAUUUUUUUUUCCAUUUUACUUUAAAAAAGUAUUAUUUCUUAAUGUGUAAAAUACAUCUCAAAUUAAUGUUAAAAUCACUAUGUCUUGAAGAAGAUUUUUAAUUUGAGUUCAUUCAUUAUUAUAGUUUGUUUUCUACCCUUUUACUACCAUUUUUUACAAUAUCCUUAGCUUCCAAGAAAUCUUUUACAAAAGGAUAAGAAAAUUUGCCCUAUCUCAAGAUAACCAUCUUCGAAAAAAUAUCAUAGUGCUAGCUCUCAUAGUGCAUGUUUCAUUCUGGUACACCGAGUUGAAGUGGCUUUAUCCUACUUUCCCGAUGACAACUCCUCCUUGGUGUUUUACUUUUCCAAGUCCUCAGAACCAUAAACCCUUCCUAGAUCCUGGAACUCCUUACUCUAUGUUUCUCUGUCCACUCUCUUAAUACCAUGUCUCAACCUAUAGAUUUAUAUAUUCCUUUCCAUAAAAUUACUUCCUUCAGCAAAUCCUUUGCCAUCCGUGCUAUCUCCUGUUGAACUCUCUUCCUACUUCCUAAUCCUCGACCACAAAUUCCUUCAAACAACUCCUGUUCCACCACCUACUACUCAUUCAAACUUCCACAAAUAUGUAAAAUUACUUACGUCUAUAUACUGUUUAAUCCAAUCAACUGCACAUUUGUAAUAACAAUCAACAGUUAUUUAGUUUGUAUUUUGUAGUCUUCUAAGCUAGAGUAAUACCCAUAAAUUUGUAACACUGUUAUUAUUUUUAGGGGACUGUAGUCCCAGAAUAAAAUUAUUUUUUCAUAUCAUUUCAUUUAUUUGGUAGUGAACUGAUUUAUACUAUUCAGAUCUUGUUUAAGAUCACAUCACAUUUAUAAAUCUACUUCACCCAGCCAUCUGAGGGAUUGAUGGUCUUCUUCUAAUGUAUCUUCCACUAGGUUGGUCAUCGAGCAGUUGUUUGAGGAUUUCUUCCAAAUAUCUUGAGGAUUGAUGAUCCAAAUAUCUGUUUUUCUUCCUCCAAUUUGAGAUCAAAUCUGGUCUUUUAUAUGAGUUUAACACCUCUGCCAUAAAACAAGAUAGAUGGAAAGGCAGCCAGGCCCCUCGGAAUCCGCCAUCUUCAGGCCUUCAUCCUGUUCCUCUGCAUGGCUGUCAGUUAUUUGAUGAGGGUUAACAUCAGCACAGCAAUUGUAAUGAUGACGGCAGUCGACACGCCUUCCGAUCAACCGGUUUUCGACUGGAGCAUGGUCCAGCAGUCGACUAUCUUGAGCUCUUUCCAAAUCGGCUAUCUCAUCAUGAACCUGGGGGCCUCUGUUCUUGUUACUAGAUUCCAGAACAAGUUGUUACUUUUCAUCUGUAUUGCUGGAUCCUCGGUGAUCACACUGGCCACUCCAGUGUUGGUAGAAGCUGGAGGAUUUUACGUACUACUCUUCGUGAGGAUUUUUCUUGGCCUCCUACAGGGACCCCUAAUGGCGGUGGCCAUGGGACAGCUGUCGAGGUGGAUCCCUCCAAAUGAGAGGAGCAGAUGUGGCAGUUUAGUUCUAGGCGGUAUUAAUUUUGGAAAUAUGAUCUCAUUUGGAAUCUCUGGAUGGAUUGGUGCCAACUAUGGCUGGCCCAGCAUCUUUUACUUCUCUGGCUGCACUGGUGUUGCCUGGUCUGUACUCUGGGCUGUGGUAGCUGCUGACAACCCGAAAUCCUGCUGGCUGACUAGUGAAGAGGAAAAAGCAUACAUCGAGGAAGAACUCAUACUAACAUCUGAAAUAACAAAAGACAAGAAAAUACCUUGGAGAGGACUAAUUAGCAAUAAGGCAUGCUGGGCUCUGCUGUUGGUGACAGUGGGACACAACUGGGGUAAUUGGACGCUGCUCAAUGAAAUGCCAUCCUAUUUCGAUUCCAUCUUACAUCUUAACAGUACUGCUAGUGGAUUGAUAACAGCCCUUCCUCAUGGCUGCCUUUGGCUAUUUUCCUUCUUUUCGUCCUUUACUUCUGACAUGCUCAUCAAGAGAAGGAUUCUAUCAGUAGGGGCAUGUAGGAAACUGUGCAACAGUAUUGGACAUUGGGGAGCAGCAGUAGCUCUUUUGAUUCUCAGCUAUACAACAGACCAGACGACUGUCUUUGUCAUUUACACGAUUGGCGUAACACUACUUGGUUUUGUCUACAUUGGUUAUAAUAUCAACCACCUUGAUAUUGUUCCUUCUAAUGCUGGUUUCUUCAUGGGAAUCACCAAUGGUCUAGCAACCAUUACAUCUUUCGCAGGAACUGAAUUUGCUGGAAUUAUAAUCACCGACCCUGAAAAUCAAUACCAAUGGCAAAUUGUGUUUGGUGUUUCUGCUGGAAUUUUCUUCCUGUCAAACUUGAUUUUCAUCACAUUUGGAAGUGGUGAAGUACAGCCUAUUGAAGUUGAAAAAUCAAACAAGGAAUCUAAAUCUAAUUCAGAGACACCUACUUUCCCUAUAGGCACCAUCAUUGAUGUUAAGGAUCAGUAACCUCCUUCUUUGACUAAU